AUACAGAGAAGGCAUUGUCAAUUGCCUUUCCGAUGAAUUUCCCUUUACCUACCUCACAGUCAUAAACGUAACUAGAUUCGCAGAAACCCGACGCGAAACCAGCUGCAUGGUCACGUGCACAGGUGUAACAGGCCUGAAAAGUCAUAACAUUAAAGGUCAUAUGAAGCCUUGAACCGUCAGCGUCAGGAGGAACCACGGGCUAUCGAAGAGGGUACAGAAAGCCCAUGCAUUCUAUAGAAGAACUACAAGCAGUUGUCUCCGAGUAAUCGAUCACCAUGGAUCACAGCGGCCAUGGCGAUAUGGACAUGGGUCACGACCAGUGCAGCAUGAACAUGCUAUUUACAUGGUCAACGAAGAACCUGUGCCUGGUCUUCCGCCAGUGGCGCGUUACUGGUCCCGUCUCAUUGCUCUUUUCUCUUGUCGGUGUCAUCCUCCUGACUGCGGGAUAUGAAGCCGUCAGGGAGUUGACAAGAAGAUACGAGGGUGCAUGCGGGAGAGGCGUUAAAGGGGCUAUUCCGGCCCCGGGGUCCGAAGAAGCAUAUGGCCCGACAGAAAAUCAUCAUCGCGAUGAUGAAUCAAGCUCACUCCUUUUUCCAGCAAGGAAUGUUAACACCAGUGAACCCGUCGGGCGGAGGAGGAAAAUUGUCAUUGCCUCGCUCUAUGGCGUGCAGGUCUUUUACAGCUUCUUCAUCAUGCUCCUUUUUAUGACAUAUAAUGGCUGGGUCAUGAUCUCCGUUGGAAUCGGCGCUUUUUUGGGUUAUCUAACCUUUGGCUCGUCCUCGGCAGCAAAGUCCGCGUCGUGUCACUGA